AUGAUCGUUUCGAAAUCACCCGUCGGAUGCAUGGGCUCCCCGUCGGACGAGACGGAAGACCAGACUUUGGACGAGACGACGGCGCACGGGACGGGAUCCGAGGACGAAGAAGACGUCGGCGAUGUUCAGGCCGAGGAGCAGAGCGAAGGACUCGAGCCACAGAUGUCGAAGUCGGAGGAGGUCGCCGAGCGACAUCCCUUGGAGGGCGAGGCGGCGGCGCGUGCGAUGGGACCGGCGAACGAAGGCGGCGACGGCCGUCUUCGGGCCGUGGAGCAAGGCGGAGAACCGCAGGCGUCGAAGCCGAAGAAUGCACAAAAGACAUUUGAGCCGUCAGAGGAAGGACCCUCGAAGGAAAAUCCCUCAACCCAGCCUCAAACCACGGUCACGACAAGAGAGAAGCCGAUUCUCACUUCGUCCAAGAGCGUUCCCUCUCCCAAGAAGAAAAGAACCAGGGAGAGGAUAGUAGAUUUACUGAGAAGAUCGGGCAAUCGAAAACCAGAAGACGAAGCCCCAAAACCGAAGACGAAACCCCGCUCGAACUCCUGGAUCUCGGGAUUCUUCAGAAGCCUCGACAAGCCAAAACCGGAAGCCUCCCUCGCAGAAUCGACGUCUGGCCCUCCCCUCCGCCCUCGACGCCACAGCCAAGAGGCGGUCAGGCGGAGAAGCCAGGAUCCCCCGAGCGUCUCAAAGGAUCGCGACCGUUUCUCGUUUCCUGGCAAGGAAAUGCGGGAGGCGAAAAGGCGCUACUCUCAUGCUCCUUCGGGGAAUACCCAUCAUGAGAAACCCCACUGGUUGACACAAGAAGAUGCAGCAUUCGCCAUCGAAUCAUUGGUGGUUCACAAUACGUACAGGGCGAAGCACGGUGUCCCUCCCCUCAAGCUCAAUCUGCAGAUGUGCUGGGAAGCGAAGGAACGGGUGGAACGCUUAUGCGACUCGGCGCGACUGGAGCACCGAGUCGACUUAAAAUACGGAGAGAACAUCUUCCGGGUGCGAUCCACAGACGACGACUUCAUCGUCACCCCUCGUGCACCCGUCGAGACGUGGUACGCCGAGAUCAAGCACCAUUACUUUGGCCACGAACCCUCUGGCAAUCUAUCAUCCGGACACUUUACCCAAGUGGUUUGGAGGGAUACAGAGGAAUUGGGCGUCGCCUGUGGAAAGUCCAGUAACGGUCGAAUCAUCGUGGUCGCCAUUUAUUUCCCGCAGGGGAACUUAGUGAGGAAAUUCACGGAAAACGUCCCCACUCCCUUGGACGUCGAGUCGUCGGAGCCGUCUUCGAGAAAGUUCAACGACCGAGCCAGGGCGUCUCUCGAAUCGCAAGAAGAACCCGACGACGAAGAGUUCGUAGACGGACCCCGGGAAACCCGUGAGAGCAACGGAGAACUGCGUGGCUUUCCUGCAUCAAUGCUCAAGCAAGGGGAAGCCGGCAGUUUGGAGCAAGAUGAUGCAACGUUCGCCAUUAAAUCAUUGGUGGCUCACAAUACAUACAGGGCGAAACAUCGAGUCCCUCCCCUCAAACUCAACCUGAAGAUAUGUGAGGAAGCGAAGGAAUGGAUGGAGCACCUUUGUCGCUUGGAACGGUUGAAGCAUCGACUCGACUGGAAAUACGGAGAAAGCAUCUACUGGGUGCGAUCCACAGAAAAUAACUGCACCGUUCCCGCUGAGGUUCCCGUCAAGAAAUGGUAUUCCGAGAUCCAGAAGCAUAACUUCGACCAUGAACCCUCUGGCAACCUGUCGUCCGGACACUUCACCCAAAUGGUUUGGAAAGACACAGAGGAGUUGGGUGUCGCUCGGGGGAUGUCUAGGAAUGGUCAUAUCAUCGUGGUUGCGUUUUAUUUCCCGCCGGGAAACUUUUUGGGGAAAUUCAUCGAGAACGUCCCCUUUCCUGUGGAAUUUGAUUCAUCGAGUCUGGAGUCGCAGUCGCCAGUUAGUUCCAACACCCAAGCGAGGAUGUCUCUUGAAUUGCAAGAAACACCCAAUGAUGAAAUGCUCAUAGAUGGACAAUGGGAAACUCGUGACAGCAACGAGGAACAGCAUGGCUUUCCUGCUUCGAAGCUCAGACAACGAAGUUACGAUGAAAAGCAUCAAUUGGAUCAAGGUCGCGUCCAUUAUGCAGAUCAAACUUUUGACCUUGGGUAUCAAGAAGAGACCAUUGACCUCGAAAAUGCUUCUAGCGGUGCACGGGAAAGCACAUCCAACUCCAUAGCUUACUUCGAGCGUUUGUUGGAGCAGAAUCAGGGCAAAAGAAGUGACAUCUCAGAAGUUGAGGAAGAAAGGGGAGAAGCUUUUGAUUGCAUGGACCUUCAUCCCGGAAUGGUGGCCGCAGUGAGAGAGGAAACGGGAUGGGACGGGAUCGGAGUCUUCAAUCUCAACCCGCUCCAAAGCUCUUUCUUAAGGGUCGCGAAUCGCAAAUUCAAGGAUGCCAGGGACGGAGAGGAAGUGAACCUGUUCUACGGGGCAUGGGGAGGGAUAGAGGACCGAAUCUUCUUCUUCAGAGGAAAGAAGACAUGGGUAGUGAAAAUGGAAAGAGGUCCGUCCGGGAUUCCGCCUCCUGACCAUUCCAUCCCGUCCCUCCCCUCCCCUUCCUCUCAUCACGUAACCUGUUCCACAUGUGUGAUCCCCUGCCUCGUGCCUGAGAAACGAUUCUAUCUCUUUGGAGGAGAGACGGAAGACCUGAAGAAGGGUCAGUCGGAAGCAGGAGUGUUUAUCCCCACAGAGGGAGGCGGUGCCUGGUACUCUCUUCCCUCUCUUCCAAGAGAGAUAUUCGGGGCGGCAGGAGCAUCUCUGGACGACGGCUCCGUUCUUAUCAUCGGCGGAUGGGAUCAAAAAAAAAAUAGGAGAAUAAAUAAGUCCUAUAUGUAUGACCCCCGAGAAGGUGGCAAAUAUCAUAUUCUCCCUGAUGUCCCAGAAUCGUUACACGGAGCAGCGGCAACGGUGUGGAGGGGGACACGCGUCAUUCUCGCCGGCGGAGACACAGGGAUGGGGACCAACAAAGAUAAGGGGAAUUGGACAGGUUCCUCCCAGGUCAGAGUGUACGACCUAAGGGCCGAGAGAUGGGAAGAUUCCUCCUCUCUCCACACCCCGAGGUACUUCCACGGCCUGGGAAAAGACACCCAGGAUCGGGUCAUAGCAAUAGGGGGAAUCAAAGAUUGGAAUACCCUCAAGAAGGUUGGGACGAUGGCGAAGACGCAGGAGGUGUUGGAGGAAGAGGAGGAUGGGCUCACCUGGGAGUGGAAGGAAUUUCGUCUUCCACAUCCGUUCAGAAGUUGCUUGUAUCCUCGUAUCCUCUUGUGA